AUGCACUGCCAACGCAGCACAAACCUCAGCUCAUCUCAUCUACUGCACCGUCCUACAACACCGUUUGCGAAACGGAACAUGCAAAAAAACAAAAUUACUCCAUGCAGCUCCAUCUGCCGUACUGAAACGUGCAGCCCAAAUUCCCAUUGUUACACAAAGUAG